AUGGCCAUGCCGCAAGCCGCGCUUGUCAUAGGCAGUGCUGCCGACGCUGACGUGCAGCUGGAGGGCAGCAACGUCGCCGCGCAGCACGCGCGGCUGGAGUGGCGGGGCGGCCGCCUGUUCUGCACCGCGACCAGCGGCGACCCCGACAUCCUGCUGGCGCCCACACACUGCUGGCUGGACGGCGUCGAGCUGCGGCCCGGGGUCAGCUACAUGGUGGCGCCGGGCGCCCGCAUUGCGGUCGGCAGCCAGGACACGUGCCUGACCUGCAAGUUUGAGGAGGGCGGCAGCAGCGCCAUGACCGAGAUGCUGAUGAAGGGCCUGGCAGCCGGCGCGAGCAAGGAGAUUCAGGACAAACUGGGCGGGCUCUGA